AUGUCGUCCCUCCACCAUCCACGACCGAUUGACGACGAUCAACAGGCCAACAAGCGACGCAAGGUCAACACCUGCCUCCAAUGCAAAGCUCGCAAAGUCAAGUGCGACAAGAGUCGACCUCAAUGCGGGCCAUGCCAACGUCGCCGCCUCCCCACCGAUCAUUGCGUAUACGAAGACGAAGCCGACGCCGAGACCCUGCAGCACUAUUUGGGAUCCGACUACCUCGCCAAGGAGGGGUACGAGCUUGCAUCUCAACCAGCGACAUCGGCCGCAGGCAUUCUGCAGAGCUCGCAUGCUCGUGCUGUACUCGACCGGCUUGCGCAGCAGAUGCAGCUUCGCGGUCAAGCUGGUGCGAAUGGUGAGCUCGCUGCAGCCUACGAUGCAGCUGGACUGUUGGGUGCGGAUCAAUUAAAUGGAAAUGGCGCCGCUGCUGCUGCCGCUGCCGCUGCCGUCGCGGCGGGAGAUCCGAGUCUGGCGGGGAGCUUGUUGGCGAGCAAUGCGGCAGCGAGUGCCAAUGGUGACGCUGGCGCCAAAGGUUCAGCCGAUGCAGUCGGGUCUCUGUUGGCCGGCAAUUUGUUUCCGUUUGCAUGCGAACCAACCCAUGAGCGUACGAAACUGAUCCUUGGUCUGCUGCCAAACGACCACGUAGUCAACGUUCUGCUCGACAGUCUUCGCACCUUCGAGACGAAAUCACCGCUCGGCAUCAGUUGGCGUCUCAUCCGUGUACAGCUCAUCAACCUCCGUGGGGAUAUCUCGGAUUGGAGAACCGGUCAAGUAGAAGAGCCCGAGGUCGAUCUCACCUUCCUCGCGCUCCUCUUCGAACUCAUGGUGUCCGCCAUCGACUGCAUCUCGGUCGACGAGAUCAUCAGCGAAGGCAUCGCCAUGACCGCAGAACAAGUUCCCGAGAUGACCGAUCGAUGGCACGCCACCUGCCAGGCAUUGCUCGCCAUGAGCAACUUUCGGCACGAACCCAACCUCAACACUGUCUGCACCGAAUUCCUGUUCUACCUCUACGAGAUCAGACGGGGAAGAUCAAAAAUCGCACUGCUUCACCUUCAAGCCGCCUACCAGUCGGCGACGGCGAUCAGCAUGCAUCAACUCUCCACCUCGCAAGCGGACGCUUCACGGUGGACGUCCGGUUCGGAAUCGGACGAGUUGACCAUUCGGACCGGUGCAGUGACCGCCAUGCGGAAAGCCCAGUUCGAAGGUGGUGAAGCUUUCGCCAUCGCCGAAGAACGACUUUUGCUUUCCUCCCUCUCCCAACCCGACAUCACCAGAAGGGAGUUUUUGCAGAGCAACAUCCCGGAUCGAACGCACCUGGUCAGAGAAGCAGCGAGAACACUUUGGAUCUCGAUCACGUGGCAUCUUUCGCUGCUCACGCCACCGUAUCCUCUGGCGGAGAGGUUGGACGAUGGUGGUUGGACAACCGAAUUGGGAUUGGUGGAUGAGGCACAUUUGCCGGAUGGCGAAGUUGUGGCUCUACCGGUUGGGGCGGGGUUGAGCAGCGUUUCCGUUCAUUUCUUCCGCUUCUUGGGGGAGAGCACACGCUUCUUGCUGAGACAUCCGCCAUCGACACACUGGCAAGAUGCGUCGUUGGCUGGGGUGGUAGAGGAAUGGAAUGGAAUUGCAGAAGAGCACCUUGGAAAGAUGCGAGAACCGGUGGGUGAAGGUCGAUCGAUGUUGCAUCACUUUGCGCUGGUGAUACAUCACUGGGUACGCAUCCGACUGCUCCGACCAUACUUUUCCCAGCUGCAAUACUCUCCAUCGUCCAAGUUGGCGUUGGAUACGCUGAUCACUUCGGCUCGAGAAGCACUCCUACAAGUACAGCGAAUCCUCGCUACGUCCGACAUAGAUCUAUCCAUCUUCUCGCCCCUCAUCACGCUGGUCAAGAUCGACGCUUCACUUAUCCUCUCGCUCCACCUACACCAACUCGCGGUCUCGAACGAUACGAAUUCUUCGCUGGAAUGGUCGACGACGAGGAGAUCGGCAAAGACGUCGCUGCUGCUGAUGUGGACGCAUGCGGCGGAGGCCGCGCCUACGAGGUUGGGCAAGAUCCCGCCGUGGCGGAAGGUGAUGCGACAGGUGGUGGAGGAGGUUUUGGUAGAUGCGUUUGAGAAGAAAAGGGUUGCACUGCAGGAGGGAGUGAGGGUCAAGAGCGAAGAUGGCUUGGGGAGUGGAGAGUUGGAUAGGGAGGAUAGGUUGGAUGCUACGUUGGGAAGAGUGGGGGAUGAGGUGGGGCUGACGGUGUAUAGGGAUGAGUUGGUGGGAGGAGGAUGGAAGCAGAAGCCGUUGGUAUUCGAUGCGCUCGAUGGGUAUUUGAGGUCACUCUGA